CUAUGUUGGUUCUUGAUAAAUUCUUCAUCAGUGUUUGAAAGCGAAAUCUCUCUAUUUACAAAGAAUUUGUUUAUAACUAUUUUAAAUUGUGUUAAGUUUACGUAAACAGAUCUGCCGAUUUGCUGGGGAAAUAGACUUUAAUUUAUUGGAAGAUGCAAGAAAAGAACCCAAUUUGUUCAUUUGUAUGGUGUGCCCUGCCUUAUUGAUAGAAAUAUUCAUUUGUAAAUAUAAAUGCCGUGAUAAACGUAUUCUGUCUAUCAUGUUCAAUAAAAAGAAAACCGCUCAGUCCGCUUCGUGAACGAAUCAGUUUGGUAAACCGGUUCAAAUGAUUCAUUAUAAAGAUUCGGCUCAAAAGAACGAUUCGUUCACGAUUCGGACAUACUGUUCUCCCACUCAGGAAUGAGCAACGCUCGCCGAGCAGCGGAUGUGCGCCUGGUCUCGACAGCUAUGUUAAUCGUUCCUGCGCACGCUAUGCAUGUAACUUCGCAUUAAUGACAAGCUGAUAACGCAUGCCGAUUCGGUUCACGAAGCGUAACAUGUAACAGAAUACUCGCUGUUCCCGGCUCGAGUGAAGAGCAAUCAAUCACCGGACACCUCCACCGUUAUUCGGUGUGUGUGUACAGGACAGUGAGCGCUGCUGAGGCAAGAGAACCGCUGCUCUAAUGCUACCCUGACCACACCGACUCAGCGCUGCUAUUUGAACACGGUAUCGUGUUUUCGACCAAACAUCAGAUCAGGUUUUACAGCGGGACAAGAUGUUGCAAGUGUUGGUUUGCGGCGUUGUGGUCUUCCCCGGUCUCUUCUUCACUUUUAGAAAAGUGCUCCCGUCCAUUUUCAAGCAGUGGACAGAUGCAGACGUCGUGCUGGUCAGCGAGAGGCUGGUGUCAUCCAUUCACGCUGUUAUGGCCACCACAGCUGGCAUCGUCGUGGUGUCCUCGUGCAAAGGCAAUGUGAUUAUGGACCGACACUGGCUGACCACCUAUUUUGUCAUUUGGUAUGGCGUUCCCUACAUGUCAUAUGACAUCUUCGCCAUGUACCUCAGCCAUUACUAUCGCUUCCGGGUCAAAGAUCACAAGGACUAUAAAAGCCACUCUCUACGAACCGUCAACUCAUUUGUGAGGAAAGAGUUCCUGCUGGUCCUCCAUCACAUUGCACUACUCACCAUCCUACUGCCUGUGACUUUGUUCUUCAGGAAGGACCAGGGUGAUUACUUCAUUGGCUGUCUCUUCCUCACAGAGCUCAGCACUCCUUUUGUUUCACUGGGCAAAAUCCUCAUUCAGCUGGGGAUGCAGGACUGCUGGCUGCACAAGGUUAAUGGUGGCAUGGUGCUGCUGAGUUUCUUCAUGUGCCGCAUUGCACUCUUCCCCUACAUGUACUGGGCCUACGGCUCCCACUACGGCAUCCCGCUCUACAGCGUUCCCUUCCAUCUCCCGCUCUCCACCAGCCUGGGAAACCUCUGCAUCCUGGCACCGCAGGUCUACUGGUUCGUCCUCCUCUGCCGUAAAGGCUACCGACUCUACAGGCGGCAACGGGAUGCACAAAACCAGGCCUCUCCACUGUCCUCUCCUCAGCCAGUCUCAGAUAUCUCCAAGGCUGAUUAGUGAAGGUCUGUCUUUAUCUAGAACAAACAAUCAACAGACAUCACAGCUGAAGGCUACGGCACUGCAUCUGCUACUGUUACAGUACAAUCAAGAUUUCAUAUUAGAAAUACCCUUAUUACUCCUCUUCACUUUACUCCAUUCCAUGUGCACACUCACUUUCACACACUCGCCCGUUAAAAUGGCACUUCACUGGAUUUACUGCAGUGACUUCUAAGGAGCAUCUUCUAGGUCAGUUAUUGAGGGCUGUGACCCUCUUUUCCUUCUCUGAUUGGAGGAUCUGUUACAGUUUGGACUGGUGUCUUUGAAUGUCAUUGGAAUUAUCUGUUACUUUUUUAUCUGUUAUUUUUGUUUUUUUCCCAUAUGAAAUGCUGACGUACAAAAAUACACUGGUUUAAACUAGGGAAUUUAUUAUGUGAGUGGCACGGCCGUCAUGAUAAAUUCAUUGAAUUAAACCCACAGCAUUUCAGAUCACAUCCCACUCGGUGCAAAGCUUCCAUCACGUGGUAAGCAUUUCCAUGGCUGCAGUGCUGCUGUUCUUGUUUACAGCUCAUUAGAGUUCUGUGAAUGUGUUUGCACACACACUGCCCUGCUGUGACUGUUUACACUUCUCUACCACACACCGCCCUUUACACUCUGGAGUCUGCUAAUGAAUUCUGCUUCACUUCUUUGGGCAUUUUGAGCAUCCGAAGUCCUCCCAUCCACAUGGGGGCAGUAGACAGUCGGUCCUUAUGUUUACAUGGCAUAGACAGGACUCGAGUCUAUAGUGGGAUGAGGUCUUUGCAGGGUACAAAGAACAAGCACAUAACGCUUGACAUAUCUUUUAGGCCACAUAAUGCCAGAGGGCAUCUCCAGUCAGUAGUCAAAGCAAUAACAUGGGGAUUCAAGGCAAGGAGAGCCCAUGUGAACACAUGGGUAAAUAUAGAAAAGCUGCAUUACAGCCUACUCUGAAAGCACGUAGAAAGGAUUAAUUCUAAGUUCCUACAGUCUUAAGAAGGAGGAAAAUAUCAGGCAAUUUUACAUUUGAGAUUUUCAUGUGUAGAAAAGUCAUCAGAAGUCUUUAAAAUUCAUAAUUUCUGUAGUCAGUAUCAUUUCUGUUGCUCUUCGGCUGAAUAUUUUUUUGAUAGACACUUUUUAUGAUUGCAGUCUACUGAAUAAUUUCUAGAAAAUUGUAUCCAGAAAAGUCGCUUUGAAAGAUUUCGGAACCCUGGUAAUUGUGUUUUUGGGUGUGAAGUGUGAAAUGCUCUUGAUAUGGGGCUUGAAUUUUUAUGUCCUAUUAACUGAGCCUACAGUUUGAGUUGUAAAUAAAUUAGAUUUAAUUCUACAUUGAUGAAUAUUGCUGUAUAAAAGAGUGAUUUGCUGUUGCCUAGGGUCAAUUUAGGGAUAAUCCGUGGCUUAUAAGAGCUUGUGGAAGUACAGAUUUAGCAAGGAACUCAGAAGCCUUUGUUUCAGGGCUUUUAACACAACCUGUAGCAUAUUUCAUAAUACAUUUAGUGAAUGCUGGAUGCCGUAUGAAUGCACCUGUGUGGCGUAUGAGUUUUUUCUUUUUUUAACAGGGACUUCUAGAUUCCAUUAAGCACUUUCAGAGGUGCAGACCUGUAAGAUUAAAAUGUUGCCCAGUACAUACCCAUGCACUCCUAUUUUGUGUUUCCAAGACAAACUGGACCUAAAGAUUGCCUUUAGCAAGUGUGUGUGUGUGUGUGUGUGUGUGUGUGUGUGUGUGUGUGUGUGAGAGAGAGAGAGAGACAGAGAGAAGACUUGUAUAAGAGUGUGUAUAAGCUCCCAGCUCACUCUUUAGGAGGUUGAACGGGGUCUUUGCUGGACUGAAAGAGAGAGAAUGUGUUUUGCUCUCCCUUUCUAAAGCUUUAGUACUUUUCAAAACUAACUAUGCAGUCUUUCAAGCUGCUGCUUCUUGUCUAUGGCAACACUAUGCUUUCCUUAGUUUUGUUGAUGCAUUUGGCAGAUGAGUUGGCCAUACUAAUCAUGAUGCAUGUUUUUUUUUUUUUUUUGUAGUGUAUUGUGUUGAUGCUUUUCAUUGUUUGUUAACUGAUAUCUGUUACAGUACAUUUUUCCAUAACCAACAUUCUUUUCUUUUGUUCUCUCAUUUUUCACUCUGUGAUUUAGAGGUAAGGUUGUUUAUCAUGAGGCAUAUCCAUAAUCUAAUAAAUACACUGUAUGGCCGAAAGCAUGUAGACACCCAAAAAGCAUCUAAAAUCAUAUAUAUGGGCAUUAAUAAGGGGUUUGUCAUUCUUUUGCUGCUUUAACAUCUUACAUUCUUCCCAAACUGUCGCAAAAAGUUGGAUUCUGUUAUAUGUGACUUGAAUUAAGGGACCUAGCAUAAAUAUUAUAAAUUGAGGUUCACAAACUUUUGGCCGUGUAGUGUAAAUCCGUUAUGUAUAAACAGGUUUAUAUCCAGAAAUUAAAUAAUCAUAAAUCAGUAAAUUUCGUCUUAAUUAUGCCAUGCUUGAACUUGUAGUAUAGUAUAUGAUGCUGAUAAUCAUAUUUUUUAGGAAAGAAUAAUAGAAGUCUAGUGUCUUCAAGGCCUCCUCUCUCAGCUCAGGGUUUGAUAAAGAUGUUAUCAUUUAUCAAUAAUUAUUUAGAGGUGAAAGAUGAGACUCUGAUUUUCAAAAAAGACAACAUUUAGAAUUGAAAAUACCUACAACACCUUUGGGUUUGGUAGAGCAAAGAUUCUUUUAGGCACUUUUUACAGACAAGUAAUGUAGUGAAACUCGCUUGGCAUCCACAGAGGCUCAGAUCUCUACUGGACUGACUCUGUUUAUGGCUCAGGCAGCAAAAAGACUGGAAUUUUUCUCACUGGAAUAUUUGGCUUAGUUUAUUUAGUUAUUUUACUGAAAAUAACAAACUGGGUGAAUCUGAUGAAAACAUGUCUGGAUCAUAUUUCACCCCCAAAAUCAGUAACAAAAAAUGCAGCCAUUAAGCCAGUUUCCUUUCAUAAAUCAGCAUUAAGGCAGCGUGGGAUUUUUUUUUCAGGGGUAAUGUGAAAUUAAUGUCUAUUUGUCAUAAAAAUAGUUUCUCAAACUAAAAAAGGCUUAAAGGGAUACUCCACCCCAAAAUGGAAAUUUUGUCAUGAAUCACUUACCCCCAUUUCGUUCCAAACCCUUAAAAGCUUUGUUCGUCUUCGGAACAAAAUUUAAGAUAUUUUGGAUGAAAACCGGGAGGCCUGUGACUGUCCCAUAGACUGCCAAGUAAAUAACAGUGUCAAGGUCCAUAAAAGGUAUGAAGCUCAGGGUCAGAAUAAUCCAUUAUUUACUUGGCAGUCUAUGGGACUGUCACAGUUUUCAUCCAAAAUAUCUUAAAUUGUAUUCCGAAGACAAACAAAUCUUUUACAGGUUUGGAACGACAUGGGGGUAUGUGAUUAAUGACAAAAUUUCCAUUUUGGGGUGGAGUAUCCCUUUAAUGGUCAUGAAAUUCAUGAAAGAGUUCAUUCUCUUAAAUAUUAAAUAUAUGACCGGCAUGUUGUGGAGGAAAAAGAGGUGUAGAUGUUCAGAAUUUGUAUCUGCUUGCACUGAUUUUUAAUACAUAUAAAAUCUAGACUAGGCUGUUUUGAUGGGUGCUUUGUUUGGAGCUUUAUAGUUUACUGUAAAUGGUUGCAACAGCAGUGGAUGAAGGCAGAAAUAUGCAGAUAACUGGAAAAGUCUGAGGAUAGAAAAUCAAGCUAUAAUAAAUAUUAUUAAAUCUAUAAAAGCUGUUUUACUCCAAAUGAUGUGUUGUCUGGAAUAUCAUAAAUACAGUGCCUUGUAUGAAAGUUGUGUGUGAUAUUGAUACAAGCUCAAUGCACAGGAGCCCUGGGCAGGCGGUGUUUAAGGUUGUGACCAUCUCUGCUCACUUUUUUUGUUGUUUUAAUUUUCAAAGUACACAACUAAGAAAAACAUCUAUCACAGUCACACUUUAAUUCUUUAUGCUAGUAGGUUUGAUUUCUGUGUAAAAUUUGAAUAAAUUGUUACAAACAACUUUGUCUGUUAAACAUACUAAGUCUUAAAAUGAUUUUAAAUGAAGUUCUGUUUUCUUGCUAUAUUGUCUUUAUAUUUGCAUUUGUGAAACUAAUUUUAAGGAAAUCUAAACUCUAAAGGUCUAUAAUGUUACCCAGUUUUCUGAACGGCAUCCAUUCCUCAUAAAAUCAGACAAUGUUGGCUUCAUUUUAAGGUCAGUUCAAAUCCAAGUUACAUAUCUACUGUGUUUCGAUUUUUGUGUGGAUUUAAAAGCAUUUCAUCAGUGGUCCAGAAAGCUAUAACAAAAUGUACACUUUUUUCCAACUCAUUCUGUGGUUGCAUCUCCAAACUCAGUUCAGCAUUAUUAACUCUUGUUCAGAGGCCAGUGGGAAAGGAAACUUUUCAGAGAACUGGGAAGUAGCCAGAAGCAUGUUUGCAUUAUCUGUUUCCUGGUGAGGAAAACACACUUCCUUGCCAUGUCAGCUUGACCUCAAAGCAUGAUUUCAUUCUGAUUUCCUAAUGCACAACCUUUAGCACUCCCUGCCUCUUAUUUUUGAGAAUAUUUAGAUUUUCACAUAUACAUAUAUAUAUAUAUUGAAUCAGAUUUCAUAUAAAUAUUUAGGUUUCUGUUUGUUUGUAGGAUGAAAUUUUAAGUACUCUCCUUUUAGAAAGGGGCUACAGAGUGCAACUAAUAGAAACACUUGAUUGAGCUUAUUUUCUGGAAACAUGUAAAUCCAAACACCACUUUGAAAAAAUAAAUAAAUCUGAUUUGGUGAAUUCUUUUAAA